AGCACGGUGCUCGACAUAAGCCUAGCGGAGCGCAGCAAGGUCUCCUCCAUCGGGGGCCCGCCCUCUCCGCACGUGAGUCUUCUCAAGCGAGGGUCUCUCUACCCCGGCGGUGGUGGUGGUGUCGUGAAUGGACUCGGCCUUGGCGAUGCGGCGGUGAUUCAAACGAAAUGCGACACAUUUAAUGGAGUGGCAUUGGGCGUCGGCGUUGGAGUCGGUAUCGGUAGCGGUGUGGGCGGUGUGGGUGUGGGCGCUGCCUCAGGUGUGGGAUUAGGAACAGGAGCUGGAGCUGGACAACGCGGACGUCUAUCAUCUCUUUCAUCAUCAUCAUCCCCCGCGAGUGUACCAGGUGCAACACUCGGGGAUCCAUCAGUUGCUGGAGGAGGGGCCGGAUCUGCCCCAACCAUCGGCAGCGCGCCCGUACAGCCGGGCCCGAAGCGACAGGGCAGCUUCUCGAAUGUAUUCUCGAAGCUAAUCGAUGGUAUGCCCGCUGGCACAAUGUUUGCCAAAUUCAAAAGCACCAACGUGGCCGCAGCCACCACGUCGCAGAGUGUCGCCGAUGGCAAUCCCAUUACGCAGUACUUUGAGAUUGGCAAGCCGGUGGCUUGUGCCGGGCCAGAGUUGGCCUGGCGCAUACACGAUGCGUACCGCAAAAGCGACAACAAGGAAUGCUCGGUGUUUAUUUUCGAGAAAAAGGUUGCGGAGAAGCUGCACAAGCCGCGUCGCAAGGAGACCAUAACCGAGCUGCUCAAGAGCUCGGUGAAGACACUAGAACGCUUUCGCCAUCCCAGAAUACUCCAGAUCUAUCACACCGUAGAGGAGAGUGCGGACACCCUGGCCUUCGCCUCGGAGCCCAUCUUUGCCAGCCUCUCGAAUGUGCUGGCCUUCCAUGAGUCGAAGACCUAUGACAAUGCGAAUGUGGCAGCUGCUGGAGGAGCGGGCGCCGGAGUGGGUCCGGCCCAGACACAGGGGCCGGCGGGCGUCCAGCCGCAGCGGCCCGCUCAUGCAAAGGAAUACAGCUUCUUGGACAUGGAACUCAAAUACGGCUUUCUUCAGCUGACGGAGGCCCUGGCGUAUCUUCACUAUUCCGGUCACGUAAUUCAUCGAAAUGUGUGUCCAUCCUCUGUACUAAUAACUAAACGCGGUAUAUGGAAGCUAGCUGGCAUGGAGUAUGUGGAAAGAAUGAAUGAGACUGAUUUGAAUAGCUCAAUUCCGUGUCCGCCGUGGAGUAACAGGGUAUCAAAGAUGGCCCAGCCGAAUCUGGAUUUUAUGGCACCCGAAACACAGUCAACGUCCAAGUGCAGUCUGCUCAGCGAUAUGUUCUCAUUGGGAAUGGUGAUCUGUGCGGUAUUCAACAAUGGCAGGCCCCUGAUACAGGCCGGAAACUCCACCUCCAACUAUGCCAAGCAAAUGGAAACGUUGGAUGAUAUGGUCCACAAGUUGAUGCCUCGUCUGCCCAUUGCCCUGCAGGAGGCCACUUCGCGCAUGGCCAGUCGGGAUGCAACGGCCCGGCCCACCGCCCAGCUUCUGCAGUUGAUCAAGUACUUCAUCGAUCCGGCUAUAAAUGCUCUCAAGUUCCUGGACGUGGUCAACAUGAAGGACACGCAGCAGAAGUCCCAGUUCUACAAGACCACCUUGAUAGAGGCCAUGCCGGUGAUACCACGUAAACUUUGGUGGCAGACCAUUUGGCCAAUGCUCAAGUCGGAGAUCAACAAUAACGAGGUCCUGGCCGCAGUCCUGCAGCCCGUCAUGCUCUUUGUCCAGGAAGCCACGCACUUCGAGUACGAUGCUUUGAUGUCCGCCACAAUGAAAAUCGUCUACAAUACACCGAAAUCCAUUCAGGCAAGCGUUACGAUACUUGAGAAUUUGCAUUUGAUUAUUGAGAAGACGAAGCCGGAGGAUGUUACCACAGACAUAAUGCCGAUGCUAUUCUGCUCCUUCGACGGAUCCACGAUACAAGUGCAGAGUGCCGCCGUUGUGGCUGUGGCCAAUGUCUUUGACAGCAUCGAUGAGCUCUCCAUUCGCCGCAUGGUCCUGCCCAAGGUCAAAUUGGUAUUCGAGAAGAACAUUACUGAUCCGAAGAUAGUGCAGAAUGUGCUCAUGUGCAUUGAGCGAGUAAUGGACCGCAUGGAGCGGGCACAGGUCAUGGAGGAGGUCCUACCGCUGCUGGCCAAUAUACGCAUACCCGAUCCGGAUAUCAUCAUGCGUACUGUGCGCAUCUAUCAUAAGCUGUUUGUGGACAAAUCAUACGGCCUGAGCGUGGAGACCAUGGCCACCAAUGUGCUGCCUCUGCUCAUACCGCACACCGUAAAUCCGGCACUCAAUUUCGAACACUAUUGCUAUCUGCUUGAAGUACUGCAGCAGAUGCUGGAGGCCAUCGAUCGACAGCAGCGGAAUAAAUUGAAGCUGGACAACCUGUCGAUGGCCUCGCCCGAGCGUCACCGGACACUGCGCCACCAAUUCUCAACGGACAACAUGAACGCGCCGCCCUUCAACAUCCCCAACCUGCGCAUAGAUCAGCGCAAGACCUCUAGUGCCGAGGACAUGGCCCGUAAGAACUCUGGCGGGUCUGGAAUGCUGGGUGGCUGGUGGUUCGGCUGCUCGCCAUCGUCGCCGGAUAGCAAUUUCCUGCGCGUUGGGAACGUGUUCCCCAAUCGACGGCUCUCGGACAACACGCUGAUGACACCCAAGAUCCGCAUCGCGCCCUCGUGCGCCUCAUCGCCGGGCGGCACGCCGGGCAGCGGCCUACCGACGCGACGCCACUCAAGCAUUGGGCCACAGGAGCGCCGGGGCUCCGCCAUCAAUUUGUCGCCGCCAACUUACGGUGGUGCCCGCGGUAGCUCUGGAUCGAGUCUAUCGGUGCCCUCGACUUCGGUAUAUGUUAAAUCUCCUUUAUUGUACUCCCAAAAACAGGGUGGCUCCAUGCCGAACACCUCGAGCAGUGUUCCGUUCUUGUUGUCAUCGAGCAUGCAGUCGAUAAGGUCGCGCCGACAGUCGACGGUUCUAUCAUCGGGUCCUCUCGGCUCUGGAUCGGGCAUACUGCAGCAGCUGGGAUCCGGCAUGUAUCAACUAUUCUCCGGACGUAACUAAAGAAACGAAAACAGAAACAGAUAAAUACCAUUCAAAAGAAUCUAAUUACUUUUCAAUGCAAUUUCGGUCCAGUAAUCAACUUAUAUUAGCGUUAUACAGAUAUUACAUUGUAAACGUAAACCAAGAGCAAGGAAAGCUUAAAUAUGUAUUUCACUCGAAACUCUAAAUGUUAUUACUAGCCAAAAUCCAAUUUGAUGUGACCAAAGAGCGCAACAAUGCUCGUAAUCUUAUAAUCGAAAAUACUCGUACCAAGAAUAUCACCAAGGAAAACCAAUUUUAAACUAAUUUAUCCAAAUGAUGAAAUGAAAAAUGAUGAGUGUCAAACACAAUCAAACAAAAUUAAACACAACACAACACACACUCACGAGUACAUUUUGAUGCCAUAGAGAACCCCCACAAAGAAAAAACACACAAUGCCAAAUGCAAUCAAUUCGUAGAAACUCUAACAAUACUUGGAUAUAUUUAUCAUACUUAUUAUACAAUAUGUUUAUGAUAGGCAAAAGUACUUAGCCACUUCCUUUAUGUGUCAUACAAAUACUACCUACAUACCUAUAACAUAUGAAUAUUUUUCGAAUUAUUUAGAGAACAUGAAUAAUCAAGCCAAAUCAUUUAGCAUCAACAUCUCAGCCUCAGACAGAUGGAACUUCGGACCACCGAUGAGAUGCGCUUUCCAAAACAAAAUCUCUCCAAUGCAAUAUUAUUCAUAAGAAUUGCCAAGAAUUUCCUUCAGAUCUUAAUUAUUUCGUAUAUUUAGACCUUCUCUUUUGAAGGGCGACAUCAGGUCAUAUCGCUUAUACAUACAUACAUACACACAUAUAUAUAA